UACCCAAUUUAUCUCUCUCUACACCUUUUCCCUUUCUCUGCCUCGAGCGAGAGGGAAAGAAAGAAAGAAAGAAAGAAAGAAAGAAAGAAAAAAAGAGAGAGAGCGAGCAAAAGGCAGAGGGAAGGAAAAAGGAAAUAAUAACAAAAAAUAAAUUAUUGGAGGCCAAAGCCUCUCCGGUCGUCCAUCAGCUUCUUCCAUUUGGCCUUCUUCGCCAUUUCUUACAGUCUUUGGCCCAAUCGAUCUCAGAUUUUGAAAGCUCAGAUUCAGCCAUAUCAAAUGGCAAUGGUCAAUUUCUUACUACAUUUUCAUCUUUGACUUUUUCUAUUCUCCAUUAUUAGGUUUAGGUUUAGGGUUUCUGCGAAUGAGGUAAUUAUCUUCUUUAUUUCUCUUCUUCAUCGUCUUUGUCUUCGUCUUCUUUCUCAUUUCAAAGUUCCUCAACGGAGUUUCGCCUUCGAAGGUACUUUUGAUUUAUUGUUUGAUCGUUUUGAAUGGUUUGGUUACUGGUAUCAAUUUAUUGUUUAGUCUUUUCAUUGGCUUGAUUGAUAGGGUGAUGAUGAAUUAUAUAUGAUGAUUAUGGUUAGGGUUAGGGCAUCUGCGCAGAUGGAAGCGUCCGGUAGUAAUUCUGACGUGUACAGAGGUUCUUCGGGAGUGAGUAAUCCAACUAAUAGUAAUUCGAGGAGGAACGGAAUUCUAUCGGCUUCAAGUAUCAUCCAGGCACCAAUAACUGCUUUGUUAGAGUAUUCAGGUCUGCUGCGAACCACCAGUUCAACUCACCAAGAAACGGACCCCUUGAUUAACAAUUCGGCUGGGAUUCAUGCUCAUCGACUUGAUGAUUCUACAGCUACACCAGCAGCAGCAGCCACAGCCAACAAUGGAGAGGUUGCCAUUAGGAUAAUUGGUGCAGGAGAACAUGAGCAUGACAGAGAGGGGUCUGGAUUGGUGGUUGGGCAAUUGGGUGCUCAGAGUGAGGUUUCUGUGCAGCAGCCACUGGCCGGAAUGGAAUCGGAUGUUCAGGGGGAUUCUAGAAAUGAUCGUGUCUCAGGAGAAGGUGCUUCUCAGCAAUCUUCCAGCGCAAGUGGGGAUGGGGAAGUUGCUGAUGGCAGUGGAGCUAAUGGAAGGGAUUCAUCUUACCAAAGGUAUGACAUUCAGCAAGCUGCCAGAUGGAUUGAGCAGGUCCUCCCCUUCUCUUUGCUUCUCUUGGUUGUCUUCAUCCGCCAGCAUUUGCAAGGAGUUACAGGUUUCUUUGUUACAAUUUGGAUUGCCGUUGUCAUGUUCAAGUCAAAUGAUAUUGUACGUAAACAAACAGCUCUGAAGGGAGAGAGGAAAAUGUCUGUCUUGAUUGGCAUCUCUCUUGCAUUCACACUUCAUGUGGUUGGUGUCUAUUGGUGGUAUCAGAAUGAUGAUCUUUUAUACCCAUUAAUUAUGCUCCCUCCCAAAUCAAUCCCACCCUUUUGGCAUGCAAUUUUCAUCAUCAUGGUGAAUGAUACAUUGGUUCGGCAGGCAGCAAUGGUGUUCAAAUGCAUUCUGUUAAUGUAUUACAAGAACACUAGAGGCCGGAAUUAUCGUAAGCAGGGUCAAAUGCUAACUUUGGUUGAAUAUCUGAUGCUGCUAUACCGUGCUUUGUUGCCUACACCAGUAUGGUACCGUUUCUUUUUGAAUAAAGAAUAUGGUAGCCUCUUUUCAUCACUAAUGACAGGGUUAUACUUGACUUUCAAGCUUACAUCUGUUGUGGAGAAGGUGCAAUCUUUCUUUGCUGCUUUGAAGGCUUUAUCACGUAAAGAGGUGCAUUACGGGGCUUAUGCAACAUCAGAGCAGGUGAAUGCAGCAGGAGAUCUGUGCGCUAUAUGCCAAGAGAAGAUGCAUGCUCCGAUUCUGCUUCGUUGUAAACACAUCUUUUGUGAAGAUUGUGUAUCAGAAUGGUUUGAGAGGGAACGGACGUGUCCCUUGUGCAGGGCCUUGGUCAAACCUGCAGAUCUAAGAUCGUAUGGUGAUGGUUCAACUACUUUGUUCUUCCAGAUAUUCUAAAAUUUUCUACUGUAAAAACGUAGGAGUUUUUCUUCUUCAGAGCUCCAAAAACUUACCCGAAAUCUUGCCUUUUCCUGAUCAGCAAGAGGCUACACAAGUAUGUGACUAUUUGGCUGUGAUUUGUUCAGUAGUUACCCCAAGGAAGUUGAACCGAAGCAAGUAGAUGGAACUUGAAUUGGUUCUAUUCCUUUGUUGUAUUGAGAAAAGGUUGAAUGUAUCUAAUGGCCCUUAAUGACUGGUUCCUCUAUGGACUAACAUAUAUAUAAAUGUUCACUUACAAUAAAUGAAAAGUGUUUUCUUCCUC